CCAUGAACCAGGCGACGAGAAUCUUGAGUCAAAACAAAAUUGAAUGCUUACGCUUUUAGGCGCGUGUGCCCACUGAGCGAAAAAACAUAAAAUAAAGUUGAGAAGUAGCCGUUACAUUUUCUCCCUCUCAUUUCAAUCCCUAACAAUAACUCUGAAAUUAAACCCCAAUUUGCUUCACAUUUCAAUCUUCUUCUUCUUUUUUCUCCAACAUUGUGCUACCAGUUACUAUAUUUUUCUUUAAACUCCAUCUUCAGUGUCUUAUACCAGUACCGCCGGCGCCGGAUUCUUGAUUUCCCGGCCGCAUUCUCACUUUUCAAGAACGCCGACGUUACUAAUAUUUUAGUCUGAAUGCAGGAGAAUUGAUAGUAGAGAAGAUUAAACAAGAAUGGUAGGGACUCCGACCACACCGGCGUGUAAGAUGAUGAUACAGAGAACACCUUCCACAGUACCUGGUAGUGUUGGUGGUGGCUCGAGAGCUCGCGAGGAGAAGAUUAUGGUCACUGUUAGAAUUAGGCCAUUAAGCAGGAAGGAGCAAGCAAUGUAUGACCUUAUUGCCUGGGAAUGCCCUGAUGAUCAAACCAUAGUUUACAAGAAUCCUAGCUAUGCGCGUCCAGUAGUGCCGUAUACCUUUGAUAAGGUUUUUGAUGUGGCUAGUUCUACACAGAAGGUAUACGAAGAAGGGGCAAAGAAUGUGGCUUUGUCCGCUCUAACGGGAAUGAAUGCUACCAUCUUUGCAUAUGGGCAAACUAGCAGUGGUAAGACGUAUACUAUGAGAGGGAUCACCGAAAAUGCCAUUAAGGACAUCUAUGAGCAUGUUAAAAAUACUCAAGACAGGGAAUUUACCUUGAGAUUAUCAGCCUUGGAGAUUUACAAUGAAACUGUUAUAGAUCUUUUGAAUCGUGAAUCUGGCCCCCUUAGGCUUUUGGAUGACCCUGAGAAAGGAACUAUUGUUGAAAAGCUGGUUGAAGAAGUUGUGAGGGACACCCAACAUCUGAGGCACUUGAUUGGAAUUUGUGAAGCUCAAAGGCAAGUAGGAGAAACUUCACUAAAUGAUCAAAGCUCAAGAUCACAUCAGAUAAUACGACUGACCAUUGAGAGCUCACUUCGAGGAAAUUCAGGAUGUGUAAAGUCUUUUUUAGCAAGUUUGAAUCUUGUGGAUCUUGCUGGAAGUGAACGAGCAUCUCAAACAAAUGCGGAUGGCACAAGGUUGAAGGAAGGCAGUCAUAUUAAUCGCAGCUUGUUGACACUCACAACAGUGAUUAGAAAACUAAGUGGUGGAAAAAGGAGUGGUCACAUACCAUAUAGAGACUCAAAACUGACACGGAUAUUGCAGCAUUCAUUGGGGGGUAAUGCCCGAACAGCUAUCAUAUGUACCAUAAGUCCUGCUUUACGUCAUGUGGAGCAAACAAGGAAUACACUUUCAUUUGCAACUAGUGCAAAAGAGGUCACAAACAGUGCUCAAGUAAACAUGGUUGUUGCGGAGAAGGGUUUGGUUAAGCAUUUGCAGAAGGAAGUGGCAAGACUUGAAUCAGAGCUGCGAAGUCCGGAGCCUUCUUCUUCUUGUUUAAAGACAUUACUGAUGAAAAAGGAUUUGAAAAUUGAACAGAUGGAGAGGGAGGUGAAAGAGCUGAAGCGCCAGAGAGACCUUGCCCAGUCUCAGCUUGAACUAGAAAGGACAGCCCACAAGGAGCUCAAGGGGCAAGACCAGUGUGGGCCGUCGAGCCAAGUGGUUCGGUGCCUUUCUUUUUCAAAUGAAGAUGAGGCAGCUAUAGCUAAACAUAAUCCAGAAGUACAGCUAAGAAAUGUAAGUGGACGGCAGGCAACAAUUAGGCAGUCGAUCACUUCUACAGAUCCAUCUUUACUUGUUCAGGAAAUUCGUAAGCUUGAACAGUUGCAGAGGCAAUUAGGUGAUGAAGCAAACCGAGCUCUUGAAGUGCUUCAUAAGGAGGUCUCUUCUCACCGACUGGGGAGUCAAGCAAAUACACAAGCAACUACAGAAGCCAUAGCAAAGAUGCUGUCAGAAAUUAAGGAUAUGCAUGUUCUUAAAUCGGUUCCUGAAGAAGUUGUGAUUGGAGACAAGGCCAGCCUAAGGGAAGAGAUCACUCGGUUAAACUCUCAAGAAAGCACUAUUGCAUCUCUAGAAAGGAAGCUUGAUAAUGUUCAGAAAUCUAUAGAGAUGCUGGUUUCUUCUUAUGCAAGUAAUGAGGAGACUCCAGAGUUCAAGUCCUUGUCAAAAAAGAAGAAAAGCUUUCCUUUUCCAUUGAGUAACAGUUCAAACAGGCAAAAUAUCAUACGAUACCCAUGCUCACCCUCGUCUUCUUCUCAAGGAGUAGUGGAUAAUGAAAUUGAGAACAGAGUUCCAGAGACCAGUAUUCCUUUUAGCGGCAAUAUGGCUAGACCAUCUGAGGUUACUCCCCUGAAAAGUGAUAAAAGUGGUUACAGUUCUGCAUCAAGGGAGGGAACUCCAAAGUCGCAAUCAAAUUCAGUUAAUGUAAGAAAACUGCAGAGAAUGUUCAAGAAUGCUGCUGAAGAGAAUAUUCAGAGCAUUAGAGCUUAUGUUACUGAAUUAAAAGAAAGGGUGGCAAAGCUUCAAUACCAAAAGCAGCUUCUGGUUUGCCAGGUGUUAGAGCUAGAGGCAAAUGAGACUACAGCUGAUGAGAUGGAUAAUAUUGAUGAGUCUCCCAUGCCAUGGAACUUGAUUUUUGAGGACCAGAGAAAGCAAAUUGUUAUGCUAUGGCAUCUAUGUCAUGUUUCUUUGAUACACAGAACACAGUUUUAUCUUUUAUUUAAAGGAGACCCUUCUGAUCAGAUAUAUAUGGAAGUUGAGCUUAGGCGAUUGUCAUGGCUGGAGCAGCAUUUAUCAGAGCUCGGCAAUGCGAGCCCUGCACUUUUAGGCGAUGAGCCUGCAGGCUCUGUCUCAUCGAGCAUAAGAGCUCUGAAACAAGAAAGGGAGUAUCUAGCAAAGAGAGUGAGCACAAAGCUAACAGCUGAAGAAAGAGAGAAUCUUUACACAAAGUGGGAAAUUCCACCAGUAGGAAAACAGAGGAGGGUGCAACUGGUGAACAAAUUAUGGACAGAUCCUCUUAAUAUGCAACACAUUAAAGAAAGUGCUGAAAUUGUUGCUAAGCUGGUCGGGUUUUGCGAAUCGGGAGAACAUGCUAGUAAGGAAAUGUUUGAACUGAACUUCAAGAAUCCAUGUGACAAGAAGACAUGGAUGGGGUGGAAUUUGAUCUCAAAUCUUUUACAUUUAUAGCUAAUAUGAAACUGACAAGAAGACGCUGACUCGAGUAUUAUUACUACGUGUAGAUGAAAACUAAAUUGAUGAUUAUUGUCAAUCCUUUUGAGGUUCAUAUCAGCUAUAAUCUGUACAUGUAGUGUAAGAAAUGGCUGAUGAUUCUGAUGAUGCACUUUUGUAAUAUUGGACUCAUGAAAUUUCACUCCUAAUUCCUGAGUUUUUAAUCAACAAAAAGCUUUGAUGUG